UCUUACACAUGGGUUCCCUAAGAAUCAAAUAUAUAAAAAGAAACUGUCUUUUUUUAAGAAUGUUCUCGUCUCGCACCUGGUUGAAGAAUUUGGUGAAAACCCAGAAAAACUCCUCAUCAUUUUAUCUCCCAUGUCCAGGUAUCGAGAAAAAGCCAGUGCCAUGACUGUACUCAAAGGUGCAAGUGCAAGCUCCUUUGGAGGAGUUGAAGAUGGCGGGACGGCUAAGAAAUCAGAUCCUAGCAACACUUCUCAAUCACAUGAUGAGAAUUUGAAGGGUAAAAAUAUUUCUUUUGGUUCUACACAAGAGCGCAGUGAAGUUUCCUCUACCAGAGAGAUUGGGGCCAGUGAUUCAACAUAUGAAGGCACUGGUAAGAAGCUAUCAGCAAAAUCCCAGUUGUUCCAGAUAUGCGUUGCAAGAAAAUGGAAGAACCCUACGUUCGAGUGCUGGAAAGAGGAAGGACCGCUCCACAUGAGAAUGUUCACCUUCAAGGUUAUUGUUGAGAUAGACGACGAAUCAAAAACCCUUUUGGAAUGCUUUAGCUCUCCACAUUCAAAAAAGAAGGCAGCAGCAGAGCAUGCAGCUGAAGGAGCAUUAUGGUACUUGAAGAACGUUGGUUAUCACUCGAAGGGUCGGUGAAAUUAAUGAUUGUGGAACAUCAGUUUAGGUCAGAUACAGGUUUUUAUUCUUGGCUUCUUCCGUUGGCACACAGUUUAGAGUCUUUAGACUUUAGAGACAACGGAUUCACAUGUAGCAGACUAGCUUUCGGUAAUGGUCCAGUUAACCACAGAGAUGUCGUAGUCUUAGAAUAACUUGCUAUUGAACUAGUUCAAAUCUUGUAGAACUGAUUGAUCAAAGGAAUUUUCAUGUUUUCAUAAACCUGAAAUUAUACCUGUUCAAAGUCU